CUCUCGCUGCGCCGCCGCCGAAACCCCACACGCCUCCUCCUCCUCCUCCUCGCACCGUACCGCAGCCUUGGCGCGAGGGGGGCUGGGCUCUUGCCUCCACGGCGGCUGCGCGGCGGCGCGUCUACCUUGCCGUCCUCCGCUCUGCUGGGCCGUCGUCUAGAUCUGAUCUAGGAGUGGUCGCCUCUUCUUCUGCAAGCCCUUUUUAUCAGCCAUGUUUGGACGCAUGCCAAAGAAGAGCAACAAUACCAAGUAUUAUGAGGUGCUCGGUGUAUCCAAGACAGCAACCCAGGAUGAGCUGAAGAAGGCAUACCGUAAAGCCGCCAUUAAAAAUCACCCUGAUAAGGGUGGAGACCCUGAGAAGUUCAAAGAAAUUUCUCAAGCUUACGAGGUUCUCAAUGACCCAGAAAAGAGGGAUAUCUAUGACCAAUAUGGUGAAGAUGCACUCAAAGAAGGGAUGGGAGGAGGCAGCAGUAGUGAUUUCCAUAGUCCGUUUGAUUUGUUUGAGCAGCUUUUUCAGGGUCGCAGUGGCUUUGGAGUAGGUAGAGGGCAUAGACAAAAGCGUGGCGAAGAUGUGGUGCAUACUAUGAAGGUUUCUUUAGAAGACUUGUACAACGGUACUACCAAGAAACUAUCCUUGUCACGGAAUGCUCUGUGCACAAAGUGCAAGGGGAAAGGAUCCAAGAGUGGGGCAGCAGGAACUUGCCAUGGUUGUCGUGGUGCAGGAAUGAGAACAAUAACAAGACAAAUUGGGCUUGGUAUGAUCCAACAGAUGAACACUGUUUGCCCUGAAUGCAAAGGAUCAGGUGAGAUGAUAAGCGAGAAGGAUAAAUGCCCAAGUUGUAAAGGAAACAAAGUAGUCCAGGAGAAGAAGGUCUUGGAGGUUCAUGUGGAGAAGGGAAUGCAACAUGGACAAAAGAUUGUAUUCCAGGGUGAAGCUGAUGAAGCUCCUGAUACAGUGACAGGAGACAUAGUUUUUGUCUUGCAACUUAAAGACCACCCAAAAUUCAAGAGGAAGUCUGAUGACCUCUUUAUUGAGCACACAAUCUCCCUGACCGAGGCUCUGUGUGGCUUCCAGUUUGUUCUAACCCAUCUUGAUGGCCGGCAGCUUCUAAUCAAAUCUAAUCCAGGGGAGAUUAUAAAACCUGGUCAACACAAGGCCAUUAAUGAUGAAGGCAUGCCUCAGCACGGCCGCCCUUUCAUGAAAGGGCGUCUUUUUGUCGAAUUCAAUGUGGAGUUUCCUGAGCCUGGUGCACUCACUCCUGGCCAAUGCCGAUCUCUUGAGAAGAUUUUGCCACCACGACCGGCGGGGAGUCGGUUGUCAGACAUGGAGCUAGAUCAAUGUGAGGAGACCACCAUGCAUGAUGUCAACAUAGAAGAGGAAAUGAGGCGCAGGCAGCAGCACAGGCGGCAGCAGGAAGCAUAUGAUGAAGACGACGACGAGGAUGCUGGACCUGGACCUAGGGUACAGUGUGCCCAGCAGUAAGAACAGUCCGGCUAUUUGGAUUAGACGUUUGGCGUCUCUUAUCACCCAAAGAUUGCGGUAGCUGAGUUCAUUCUAUUGUUCUUUUUUUUUUAUGUAUCCCCCACCUUAAGUAGCUGAUGCAUGUUAUGCUAUUAUUUUUGUUUGUUGUCUCAAGAUUAAGGAGCUUGCUAUUGGUCAUAAUGAUGCCGCGGCCU